UGUGUUGUGAUGGACUGGUUGUUGUGAUGAAAUGAUGACUCCUAGAAGAAGAAAACAGGUUGAACGUGAAGAAACGAGUAUCGAAAAUUUAACCAAGAGUUUGAAUAACGAAGAAGAGGACUUGGAACCUCCUCCAACACCAGUCAAGUCUCCCAACCACCGUGCUAGAAGACGCCCAAGAUUCUUUGGAACUGGGCAGCAGACAACAGGAAACUUGUUUUCGUCGCCUAAAAGAACCAACUUAAGCUUUAAAGAAGAUAUACAAAUAAUAGGAAACCAACAAGCUAGAAAUACACUCACUAGCAGUAAGAAUAUUCCUCAGGUUGACAGAACUGAAAAAGAAAAUAUUUUAAAAACUCAAGAGAAACCACUGCAGUGUCUCCAAAAUCAUGUUUUUGACAAAGGCAAUAUAAGAGAAAAGUCUUAUACAACUGAAUCCUGUAAGCCUCCUCUGUUUCCAUCAUCACCUACUGGAGCUAUGGAUAUACCGCUGGCUUAUGAACCAACUUUGAAGAAUCAAAAUCCUGGUUCUAGAAACAAUGAAGAAGAUAUAGAAAGAGACAAUUGGAUGCAAGAAGAUAGUUAUCAAGAACUAUGUUCCCCUGUGACAGAACAGAAAAAGCUUCAAACAGACUUUAUGAGUGAUAAAUGUUCUACAACCAAUCUUCUGAAUACUCCAGUUAGCUGUGAAAAAGUAUUUACAUGUCCCUAUUGUCAUAAGAAGUGGCGAGAAGAAAGCCGAAUGAGAUUCUCUCCUUCUAUCCGUAGAUGUUCAUUGUGUUCUCCUAUUAGAACAAUUGCUAAUCCAGCACCUUGUAAUAUGAAUCCAUUUUCUCCAGAAGCAAGAUCACAAGGUUUCAGCUCUCCUCAAGAAGAUACUUCAUUGGAUAUGCCAGCAAGCAGUAUUAUAAGCUGCUGCUCCAAUGUCUCAAAAAGCCUUGCCUUUGAUUCUACCUCCCUUUUGAUGUCUCAUAGUGACUCUGUUGUCUGCAAUGAACAAGAAAAUGAUGAAUUUGAUAAUAGUAGUAGUGAAGAAGAUCAUCUUAGUUUCUCAGCCUUUUCAACUGGACGACUCUCAUCUUACAAGGACGAUUUUGAAGAAAUCGAAGAAAUUGGAUCUGGAACUUUUGGAAAAGUGUUCAAAUGUCGCCAAAGAUUAGACGGCUGGUUGUAUGCUGUCAAAAGUACGCGUCGAAAAAUAAGGAAUCAAGCUGAAAUGCAAAAUGUUCUUAGGGAAGUAUAUGCCUUAGCUGCCAUGACUGACAAUCCAUAUGUGGUGAGAUACUUUACUGCGUGGAUUGAAGACGAUAUUUUGUACAUUCAAACAGAAUUAUGUGAAGGAGGCUCUGUCAUGUCGUUAUGGAAGAGUGGAAAUCUUGUAUUUGAUACAGAGAGAAUGAGAGAAUUUAUCUAUCAAAUUGCUUCAGGAUUAGCCAUUUAUCAUGAAAAGGGACUCGUUCAUUUGGAUAUUAAACCAGAAAAUAUUUAUAUGACCUCCAAUGGGACAUGUAAGAUUGGAGACUUGGGACUUACUGCUCUUGCCGAAGAUACCAUAGUACAGGGUUAUCGCAUAGAUUUAUCUGAAGGAGACUCGAGAUACAUUGCUCCAGAGCUUUUGGAAGAAAACUAUCAGUUUUUAACAAAGGCCGAUAUCUUUUCUUUGGGAAUGACAGCUUAUGAGUUAUGUCGUGAGUCAAAGGUUCCAUUGCCAAGUGGUGGAGAAGAGUGGCAUGACAUAAGACAAGGUCAUCUUGAGCCAAUGACUGUGAGUAGCGAACUGGCUAGUUUAAUUAAGGAGAUGCUUUGUCCCGAUCCUUAUCUUCGUCCUUGUGCUAGAGACAUUAUUCAUCGAGUUGCUUCUGAAGAUAGAAAGGACAAAAGAAUUGCUCAGUUGGAGCAACAACUUAGCCAAGAGAGACAACGUUGUAAAGCUUUGGAAGCUUUUGUUUCUUCUAUUUCUUAGUUUUAUUCAGGUAUAGAGUUGCGUCUAUUUUGAAUGUUUAUAGUUUGUUGGUUAGAGUAGUCUAUUUAUGUUGGGGUGUACAAGUGUUGUUA